CAUCCAAGAGGGCGGCCGCGUUGAUACGUCAGCGAGCGAAGACGCUGGGAGGGACCGUCUGUGUGUCACAUGAUAGAAGAGCGUUUCGAGCUGAUUGUGUUCCAGUCCCGUAACAAUGCCAACCACACAGCAGUCUCCUCAGGAUGAGCAAGAGAAGCUUCUAGAUGAAGCUGUUCAAGCUGUGAAGGUCCAGUCCUUCCAAAUGAAGCGAUGCCUGGACAAAAACAAGCUGAUGGAUGCUUUGAAGCAUGCUUCCAAUAUGCUUGGAGAGCUGAGGACUUCUAUGCUUUCUCCAAAAAGUUACUAUGAGCUCUAUAUGGCCAUCUCCGAUGAACUUCACUAUCUUGAGGUUUACUUGACUGAUGAGUUUGCAAAAGGACGCAAAGUGGCAGAUCUUUAUGAGCUGGUCCAGUACGCUGGCAACAUUAUACCCCGACUCUAUCUGCUGAUUACAGUGGGUGUGGUGUACGUUCGCUCUUUCCCUCAGUCUCGCAAGGACAUUUUAAAGGAUCUGGUGGAGAUGUGUCGUGGUGUCCAGCACCCACUCAGAGGCCUGUUCCUCAGAAAUUACCUGCUGCAGUGUACCCGCAACAUCCUGCCAGAUGAUGGCGAGCAGCCAGAGGGAACAGAGGAGAUGACUGGUGAUAUCAAUGACUCCAUCGACUUCGUUCUUCUUAACUUUGCAGAAAUGAACAAAUUAUGGGUUCGAAUGCAGCAUCAAGGUCACAGCAGAGACAGAGAGAAGCGAGAGAAGGAGCGCCAGGAGCUCAGGAUUUUAGUUGGCACCAAUCUAGUUCGCUUGAGCCAAUUGGAGGGUGUCAAUGUGGACAAGUACAAACAGAUAGUUUUACCGGGCGUGCUGGAGCAGGUUGUGAACUGUAGAGACUCACUGGCUCAGGAAUAUCUGAUGGAGUGCAUAAUUCAGGUUUUCCCUGAUGAGUUCCACCUUCAAACAUUGAAUCCUUUCCUGCGUUCUUGUGCGGAGCUGCAUCAACACGUCAAUGUGAAGAACAUCAUCAUUGCCCUCAUUGACAGACUGGCUCUCUUUGCUCAUCGAGAGGAUGGCCCGGGUAUCCCAGCUGAGAUCAAGUUAUUUGACAUCUUCUCUCAACAAGUGGCCACUGUCAUUCAAUCUCGUCAAGACAUGCCUUCAGAGGAUGUGGUUUCUCUCCAAGUCUCGCUCAUCAACUUGGCCAUGAAGUGCUACCCAGAACGUGUUGACUACGUCGACAAGGUCCUGGAGAGCACAGUGGAAAUCUUCAAUAAGCUUAAUUUGGAACACAUUGCGACCAGCAGUGCCGUGUCUAAAGAACUGACUCGACUUUUGAAGAUCCCUGUAGACACCUACAACAACGUGCUGAUGGUGCUACAGCUCAAGCACUUCCCACCGCUCUUUGAAUACUUUGACUUUGAGUCCCGCAAGAGCAUGAGCUGCUAUGUGCUGAGCAACACACUCGACUUCAACACCGUUAUUGUGGCACAAGAACAGGUGGAUGCCAUCUUGAGCUUGGUGUCUACACUGAUCCAGGACCAGCCAGACCAGCCAGCUGAUAAUCCCGACCCAGAGGACUUUGCUGAGGAGCAGAGCCUUGUGGGUCGUUUCAUCCAUCUUUUUCAUUCUGAAGAUCCUGAUCAGCAAUAUCUUAUACUCAACACAGCCCGAAAACAUUUUGGUGCAGGCGGAAAUCAAAGGAUUCGUUUUACGUUGCCCCCCCUGGUUUUUGCUGCCUACCAGCUGGCCUUCAGAUACAAAGACAAUUCCUCGACCGAUGAUAAGUGGGAGAAGAAGUGCCAGAAGAUCUUUUCUUUUGCCCACCAGACCAUCGGUGCCCUCAUCAAGGCUGAGCUGUCAGAACUGCCUCUGCGGCUAUUCCUGCAGGGGGCGCUGGCUGCUGGGGAAAUUGGCUUUGAGAACCACGAAACUGUAGCGUAUGAGUUUAUGUCACAGGCAUUCUCCCUGUAUGAGGAUGAGAUCAGUGACUCCAAAGCGCAGCUGGCAGCCAUCACAUUGAUCAUCGGCACCUUUGAGCGAAUGAGAUGUUUCAGCGAGGAGAAUCACGAGCCUUUAAGGACUCAGUGUGCUCUGGCUGCUUCCAAACUUCUGAAGAAGCCUGACCAGUGUCGAGCUGUCAGCACGUGUGCUCAUCUGUUCUGGUCGGGUCGCAGCACUGACAAGAAUGGUGAAGAGAUCCGUGACGGGAAGCGAGUGAUGGAGUGCCUGAAGAAAGCCCUGAAGAUAGCCAACCAGUGUAUGGACUCAUCCCUGCAGGUCCAGCUUUUCAUUGAGAUUCUCAACAGAUACAUCUGCUUCUACGAGAGAGAAAACGAUGCGGUGACGGUCCAAGUGCUGAACCAACUGAUUCAAAAGGUCAGAGAUGAUCUUCCUAAUCUGGAAGCAAGUGAAGAAACUGAGCAGAUCAACAAACACUUCCACAACACACUGGAGCACCUUCGUCUGCAGAGAGAAUCUCCCGAGUCUGAAGGUCCUGCGUACGAGGGUCUGGUCCUUUAAACGCAAACAGGAUGCUGCUGCUUCUCUAAGUGUUUUAGUCUAUCGUCAUGUCGACCACAAUUAACAUAGAUGUUGAGAGAAACUAAGAUAGCCAAGCUGUUUAUUUGAGUUGAGCGGUUUUUGAUCAUUAGUGUUGUUUGUGUAACGGGCUGGACACAAACCAAGAGCAUGCUAUAGCUAACCUUCAUGUGCCCCCAUGCCUUGACAACAAUUCCUUAUGACCUCACACUUAACUCUUUAUAACCUGCAUCGUUCGGUUGUGACUAGAGGACUCGUUAUGCUACCAACCUUUACGUUCUAUUAUCUGCCUCUGUUUAGUUUACUGGGCAUGUGCUACAGAAUAGUUUGAGUUUCUUAAUGAGUUUAUGGCUAAUUAAAAAAGCAGCAAACUACACUGAAGAGCAGAUGAAAAUUCAGACCGUUUUCAGAAAUAAACUCCAGUUUUGGAGCAGCAUUUGAAGGCUGUCAGCCUGAAAGGCUGCUGAGAAAUGAAAAAAUACUCCUGUAUCCUGUUGUUGGUAUGAUGGGGGAUGAGUUGUUUUCUGUUGUCCUCUUGUCUUUUACAUCGGUAAUGCUCUUUUUACCACACACUUUUGGUUUUCUUACUUUGAAUUCUUAAUUGGAGAAAUGUACUUAACUGUUUGUGCCGUGUUGGAAACUGAAGCCCCACAAGUCCAUCUGCUCUGUCGCCAAACACAGCACGCCGUUUUAUUUUUGUUAAUCGAUAAAGCUUAUUGUAUUCAUGUGGAACGUUCCAUUCCCUCAGUGAUUGUUUAUCAAAAAGGUGUAAUGACACUCACAUUUAAAUGUUUAAAAGCCCUAAUUCAAAGGAAGAUUUGAUUAAAACUAAUGUCACUUGCAUAAAUAAAACUAAAGCUACUUAAA